AUGCUAUCAUUGGUCAACAGAGUAUUAUAUGAGCAACGCAACAGAUAUUUACGCUUUGAAUACUUUAACAACGUUACCAACUUGCCAUUCCACUUGCAAUCAUACCUUCUACUCAUCCCCUCCAGCUCCCCAUCAAACAAGAGAAAGAAGGUAAACAUAUACACAAAAAUCAAGUAUAGGUACCAGGCAGGUUACGAUCAUUCCUUUCACGUCGAUGCUAGUGUUGGCUUGACAUCCAGUGCAUUGAUUGAGAAGCUGUUGAACUUGGAUGACAUUAGCCAUUUGAUGUUUCAUGAUUCAGAGCACCAUCCAUUUGAUCAACACUUUUGGAAUGAGAUCAGUGAUAUGCUAGUGAUGUUGGCGUCAAGAGGUCUUACCGAUGUCACAUUCAAGAAUAGUUCAACUCCCUAUCCAUUGCCACCAACAUUACUCUUGCGAAACAUGCAUUCACAUCACAAUUCACGUGCAUCAAUUGCCUUGGCAUCUCACUUCCCUGCAUCAUUGACAAAAUUAUCUCUAUCUGGCCUGAUUGAUAACCCUCUCGACUUUAUCCUACCAAAUGGGUUGAAGAUGUUGGACCUCUCAUUUGCUUACAAUUGGAACCAACCUUUGUUGAAGGGCGGUCUACCCGGGGGCCUGGAGAUACUUAACUUUGGAGAGUCAUUCAAUCAGCCCAUCCAAAGCGGUGUGCUUCCAAUCACACUUAGAGAUCUCAGGUUUGACGAUGACUUCAAUCAACCUCUGAAUGGAAACAAUCUACCGCCUUCCCUUACCAAACUCCAUCUCAAGGGUACCAAGCACAGCCAUCCCCUGCACAACCUGCCACCUGGUCUUACCCAUCUAACGUUGAGUGAUUGUUAUCAUCACUUGAUUGAUCAUCAGCCACUUCAAACAUUGAGUGUCGGCCUGACACUUGACCUCACCCGACCGUUGAUCAAUCUACGUCAUUUGAUCUUCUCACAACUUGUCCACAAUAUCUUGGAGCAGAUCAACUCUAUCACCUUUCCACAACUCACUUCAUUAGAAACCGAUUGGGUUGAGAACAUUAACAAAGAUGUUCUCUCCAAGCUUCCAACAACACUAAAGAGACUGUCCAUCACAUCCAGUAGCAUAUCAUCAUUGGGUAUACUUGAUGGUUUGGAGGACUUGAUAUUGAGCGCCAAGAACAUCACUGCAGACAAAGAGACUCCAUUUCAUAUCCCCAAGACAACAAAGUCACUAGAAUUAAGUCAUAUCACUGGUGACAACUAA